AUGCCUCAAUUAUUCAAUCAAGUUUCUAAUAUUGGAGGUAGCUCUCCUAAAACAUUUGGUAGGAAAAGCAAUUACAUAAAUAAUGAAAAUAGCAAACCAAACUACCUGUUUUUAGAAUUUGAUGAAAGUAACUGUGCAGAACCUAAAUGUCUGAGUCCGAUUCGAUCAAGUUGUUUAACUGAAUCUUUUGAAAAAGAAAUUUUGAAAAAAUGUAGCUAUGAUAGUGUUGUAGAACUACAUGAUAGUUUGAAUAAAAAUGAAGUAGCUUUUUCUGUGGAUGCAGAUGAUGUUGUCAAGUCAUUAAAUGCAGAAGAAGUAAACAAUUUAAAUGAUUCAACUCUACAACUAAUAAAUAUUAGUAAAAAUAAAACAGAUUGCAUAUUAGAAAGUCAGUUGGAGUCAAAUGAUGGAUGGGUUGUAGUGAAUGCAGAUCCUCUUAUUUCAGAUAACUCAUUAUUUUCGCUUAAUUUAAAAAAUCCCAAUCCAAUCUUUUUACCUUUAGAUUCAUCAUCUAGCGAAAGAGAUUAUCUAGUUGAAGCUGCCUAUUAUGUUGGCCAAGCUCAAAAAUUUGAAAUCGAAGAAGAAUUUGAGGCUGCAUUUAGUUUUUACAAAGCAAGCAUUUCUUGUCUUUGGAAAGGAAUGCAAUGCAGUAGAGAAAAAUUUGAUUUUGAAAAAUUGGAAGCCAUUGAAAAGAAAAUAAAACAAUAUUUAUCAAAAGCCGAAACAAUUUAUUUAUCUCACAUGGUUCGUGAUAAUAAUAUAACAGACAAAGAUGAAAUUGAAACAGCUGAAAAAUUAGAAAUGUACAAAGUAUUAAAAAUAUUAGAAUCCGUCAUGCUGGUCGUGAAUAAAGAAGAUGAAAAAUAUUAUGUGAUUAAAGUUUUACAAAAAUCACCUUCUCCUUUUGAUAAAGAAAAAAAAACUUGCAUUCCGGUAAAUGUGCCUUACAUGGUAAAAUUGUUUAAAUAUUUCGAAAAUGAAAAUUCAUUAUUCUUAGUUUUGGAAUAUGCAAAAGGUGGUAAACUAUUGGAUGGAUUCAAUGACGAUUCUAUAAUUAAUUUAUGGCUAAGAGAAACACGAGUCAAUUGUUUAAAAAAUAAAUUAUCUCGUAAAGGCACCCUUAAUAAAGUCGCCGAGUCUCAAAAUAAUGUUAGGUCAAUUAGGGACGACGUAAAAAAAUAUAAAUUAUUUAAUAAUGUUUACGAGGAAAGCGAUACGCCAUCAUCAUCAUUGGAGUCUUUGCAAAAUGAAAACACGUCGUCCAUAUUAACCGAAAAUGGAAACGAAGCACUCGAAGAAACCGAGACAACGUUAGAUUUUAAAAAUUUAGAAAUUAUCGAUUUAGUUGAAAAUUCUCAAAAAUUACUUAAUUCGGUGAAAAAAACAUUGAAAAAAAGCGAAACUCUUACAAAUGCCGUGAGUCAAGAAUUGAUUAAUAUCGAAACGGUUUUUGAUUUAAAUUCUAAAUCGGAUGAUUUUGAAAAAUUCAAUUCAAAAAAUUUAUCAAAUUCAAAUUUAAUGGCGGACGACGAUAAAUUCAUUUGCUCUCACGUUAAAUCGGAAUCAGAUUUGGAAAAUUUAACGGAAAAAAAUGAUAAUCUAAAUUCGAUAAAGGAAAUAAAAAAAUUAAAAAGUUGUUAUAAAUGCUCUGAAUCCGUUAUUAGACAUAGAGCGGCUGAAAUUGUUGUCGCAUUGGAAACUUUGCACCACUACGGAGUCAUUUAUCGUGAUUUACAUCCGAAAAACAUUUUACUUAACGAUUCCGGAAAUGUUCUUCUCACUUUCAAAGCCGAAUGGAAACAAGUUGAUUCGAUUUUAUCCGAGGAAGCCGUUAAAAAAUUAUACGUGGCACCAGAAAAUUUUACCGUUUUUCCAAUCACUCCCGCCGUCGAUUGGUGGAGUUUUGGUGUUUUGCUUUUUGAAUUAUUAACAGGAAAGGAAUUGAUUUCAUGUUAUCCGGAAGGGAUUUUGCAACACACAACACUCACAUUCCCUGAUUUUUUAUCACCGGAAGCUUGCUCUCUUCUCACGGAGCUUCUUAGGCACGAACCAAGAGAAAGACUUGGAAGUGCCGUCAAUGGCGCCGAAGAUAUAAAAUGCCAUCCAUUUUUUCAUUCGAUAAAUUGGAAAUCGCUUUACGACGACGACGACGACGAUGACGAUUAUCGAUUUUAA